CGGGGGGCUCGAGGUGGCGGAGAAGGAGGAGGAGGAGAAGGAGAAGCAAGGAGCGGCGGAGACUGCCACCCAUUCGGGAGGUUUAAAUUAGCAUCAUGGCUCAUUCCAAGACAAGAGCCAAUGAUGGAAAAAUCACUUAUCCCCCAGGAGUUAAAGAAAUAUCUGAUAAAAUUUCUAAAGAAGAAAUGGUGCGGCGGCUAAAAAUGGUUGUAAAAACCUUCAUGGAUAUGGACCAGGACUCUGAAGAAGAAAAGGAGCUGUAUUUAAAUCUUGCUUUACAUCUUGCUUCCGAUUUCUUUCUAAAACAUCCUGAUAAAGAUGUGCGCUUGCUUGUAGCGUGUUGUCUUGCUGAUAUUUUUAGAAUAUAUGCUCCUGAAGCACCAUAUACUUCACCAGAUAAACUUAAGGAUAUAUUUAUGUUCAUAACAAGACAAUUGAAGGGACUGGAAGAUACAAAAAGUCCACAAUUCAAUAGAUACUUUUAUUUACUAGAGAACAUUGCAUGGGUUAAAUCAUACAACAUUUGCUUUGAAUUAGAAGAUAGCAAUGAAAUUUUCACACAACUGUACAGAACAUUGUUUUCUGUAAUCAACAAUGGGCAUAAUCAGAAAGUUCAUAUGCACAUGGUGGAUUUGAUGAGCUCUAUUAUUUGUGAAGGUGAUACAGUGUCUCAGGAGCUUUUGGAUACAGUUUUAGUUAACUUAGUGCCUGCACAUAAGAACUUGAACAAGCAAGCAUAUGACUUGGCAAAGGCUUUAUUGAAGAGAACAGCCCAAGCUAUAGAACCAUACAUUACUAAUUUCUUUAAUCAAGUGCUUAUGUUAGGAAAAACGUCUAUCAGUGAUCUCUCCGAGCAUGUUUUUGACUUAAUUCUGGAGCUGUAUAAUAUUGAUAGCCAUCUUUUACUCUCAGUUUUGCCACAGCUUGAAUUCAAACUUAAGAGCAAUGACAAUGAAGAACGCUUGCAGGUUGUCAAGUUACUAGCAAAAAUGUUUGGGGCUAAGGAUUCAGAAUUGGCAUCUCAAAACAAACCACUCUGGCAAUGCUACUUGGGGAGAUUUAAUGAUAUCCAUGUACCUAUCCGUCUUGAAUGUGUAAAAUUUGCCAGUCACUGCCUUAUGAACCAUCCAGAUCUAGCAAAAGAUUUAACAGAGUAUCUUAAAGUGAGAUCUCAUGACCCUGAAGAAGCUAUUAGACAUGACGUUAUUGUAUCAAUAGUUACUGCUGCUAAGAAAGAUCUCUUACUUGUCAAUGAUCAUCUGCUUAACUUUGUGAGGGAGCGAACACUUGACAAACGGUGGAGAGUGAGGAAAGAAGCCAUGAUGGGACUUGCACAAAUAUACAAGAAGUAUUCUUUGCAGUCAGAAGCUGGAAAAGAAGCUGCAAAACAAAUUGCUUGGAUAAAAGAUAAACUGUUGCAUAUAUAUUAUCAAAACAGUAUUGAUGAUCGUUUGCUUGUGGAACGCAUCUUUGCUCAGUACAUGGUUCCCCACAAUUUGGAAACAAAUGAAAGAAUGAAAUGCUUAUAUUACCUUUAUGCAACUCUGGAUUUGAAUGCUGUUAAGGCCUUGAAUGAAAUGUGGAAGUGUCAAAAUAUAUUGCGGCACCAAGUCAAGGAUUUGGUUGAUUUAAUUAAGCAACCCAAAACAGAUGCCAGUAGUAAAGCUAUAUUUUCAAAAGUGAUGGUGAUAACAAGAAACUUGCCUGAUCCUGGCAAAGCACAGGAUUUCAUGAAGAAAUUCACUCAAGUUCUAGAGGAUGAUGACAAAAUAAGGCACCAGCUGGAAACUCUUGUUAGCCCAACUUGUUCAUGCAAACAAGCUGAAGGAUGUGUGCGAGAAAUUACAAAGAAGUUAGGAAAUCCCAAGCAACCUUCAAACCCAUUCUUGGAAAUGAUAAAAUUCCUUCUGGAGCGGAUAGCCCCUGUGCACAUCGAUACAGAAUCUAUCAGUGCUCUUAUUAAACAAGUGAACAAAUCUAUAGAUGGAACAGCAGAUGAUGAAGAUGAAGGUGUACCUACUGAUCAGGCAAUUAGGGCAGGCCUUGAAUUGCUUAAGGUACUUUCGUUUACACACCCUAUCUCAUUCCAUUCAGCUGAAACAUUUGAAUCCCUUUUGGCUUGUCUAAAAAUGGAUGAUGAAAAGGUAGCUGAAGCUGCACUGCAAAUUUUCAAGAACACGGGAAGCAAAAUUGAAGAGGAUUUCCCGCACAUCAGAUCUGCUUUGCUACCAGUCCUGCACCAUAAAGCUAAAAAAGGACCACCUCGUCAAGCCAAAUAUGCUAUUCACUGUAUCCAUGCAAUAUUUUCCAGCAAAGAAACACAAUUUGCACAGAUAUUUGAGCCUCUACAUAAGAGUCUUGAUCCAACCAACCUUGAACAUCUUAUUACACCUCUGGUUUCCAUUGGCCACAUAGCUUUGUUGGCACAUGAUCAAUUUGCUGCCCCAUUGAAAUCUCUGGUGGCCACAUUUAUUGUUAAAGACUUGUUAAUGAGUGACAGGAUGCCAGGAAAAAAGACAGUUAAACUAUGGGUGCCAGAUGAAGAAGUUUCUCCUGAGACUCUUGUAAAGAUCCAGGCCAUGAAGAUGAUGGUCCGAUGGUUGUUAGGAAUGAAGAAUAGCCACAGUAAAUCAGGAACUUCUACCCUGAGACUAUUAACAACAAUAUUACACAGUGAUGGGGACCUUACAGAGCAGGGGAAAAUUAGCAAACCGGAUUUGUCUCGUCUGAGGCUGGCUGCUGCUAGUGCUGUUGUGAAGCUGGCACAAGAGCCUUGUUAUCACGAAAUCAUCACAUUAGAACACAGUUACCAGCUGUGUGCCAUUAGCCAUUAAAUUUGCUACCAAGUCAGACAGCUUUUGCUCAGGAAACUACACAAAGCCUAUCAGGUUAGGUUACCACUGAGGUAUAUGGCCAUCUGUGCACUAUGUGCAAAAGACCCAGUAAAAGAGACGCAGCUCCAUGCAAGACAAUGUCUAGUGAAAAAAAACAUAAAUGUGAGAAGGGAAUAUUUGAAGCAGCAUGCAGCAGUUAGUGAGAAACUUUUAUCACUUUUACCAGAGUACGUCGUUCCAUAUACUAUUCAUCUUCUGGCGCAUGAUCCUGAUUAUGUCAAAGUUCAGGACAUUGAACAACUGAAAGACAUUAAAGAAUGUCUUUGGUUCAUAUUGGAAAUAUUGAUGGCUAAAAAUGAAAAUAAUAGCCAUGCAUUUAUCCGGAAAAUGGUAGAAAAUAUUAAACAGACAAAAGAUGCUCAAGGACCUGAAGACCCAAAAAUGAAUGAAAAACUUUACACAGUGUGUGAUAUAGCGAUGAACAUCAUCAUGUCAAAGAGCACAACAUAUAGUUUGGAAUCUCCCAAAGACCCUGUACUUCCAGCUCGAUAUUUCACUCAACCUGACAAGAAUUUCAGUAAUACCAAAAAUUACUUGCCACCAGAAAUGAAAUCAUUUUUCACUCCAGGAAAGCCCAAAGCAGCCAAUGUUCUUGGAGCUGUUAAUAAGCCACUUUCAUCAGCAGGCAAGCAGUCUCAAUCUAAAUCAUCACGAAUGGAAACAGUAAGCAAUGCCAGCAGCAAUUCAAAUCCAGGCUCACCUGGAAGAAUCAAAGGCAGACUUGACAGCACUGAAAUGGACCACAGUGAAAAUGAAGACUAUACAAUGGCUUCACCUUUGCCAACAAAGAAAAAUGAUAAGAGAGAUGACUCUGAAAUUUCAGAGCUGGAAAAGCCCAGAAGCAGGAAGAAAAUGAUUACAGAUCCAGAAGAGAAGUUGGGUAUAGAUGAUCUGAGUAAACUAGGACAAGAACCAAAACUUAGAAGUGGUCAGCGAGGAAGAAAGAGGGCAGCAGUUAUUUCAGAGCCAGAGGAACCUCAGUGGUCAGAGGAAAAGAGACUAAAGGAGGAUGUCCUAGAAAGUGAAGAUGAACAAAACAGCCCACCAAAGAAGGGAAGACGAGGACGACCCCCCAAGGCAGCUGUUGGAGCCACACUAAAGGAAGAAUCAUCAGUAAAGACAUCUAAAAGGGGCAGAAAAAAAGCCACACCGGUAAAACCUGCAGAGGAGGAAGAGGAGGAGGAAGAGGAGGAAGAGGAAGAAGAAAGACAAAUGGAAAGCAUAGAGCAGAAGUCAAAAGUUCGGCAGUACAAGACACCAAGGAAAACACAACAGAGGUCUGAAUCAUCUGAAAUAAGUACAACUGAAUCCAACCAGUCCACACCACAGAAAAGACGAGGGAGACCACCAAAAACACCACCUUCACAGCAGAAAAAAGGAAGAGCUGGACGGGCAAAGCAAACAGCAAGUAAAGAAAAUGAAUCUGGUGAAGAAAUGGAUGUAUUUCAGAGUAAUUCACCUGUUGAAGAUAUUCCCCAAGAAGUAACAAUGGAAGAAGAGGAAGUUUCCACAGUUAAAGUACGCCGAAGGACAUCCAAAAGGGAAAAGCGAUGAAAAAGCCACAUUGCCAGCAUUUUAAAGUGAAGUCUUUGAAGAAUGCUCUUUAUUAUUUCAGACUGAAGCUCUUGGUGCUCACAAUGGGAAUUGCUGGUGAAAGCUAGACAAUUUUCCUGCCCUGCAAUUGGAGUUUCCAGGUCACAAGCAUAAGCCACACACAUGUUAAUAUCAUAAACCAUGGAUUUUUGUGAAGUGUAACGUGUGUUGGCUAUAUAGACACAUGAACAAAAGAAACAGCCUGUAAAUAAUCCUUUUUUAAAAAAUGUUUCUGACUCCUGUGUGCUUGUAUAGCUUUUACUGCGGCUUUAAACCUGACAGUACAAAACUGUUAGAUCUAUUGAUUUCAAAAAAGGAGGAAAAAUUAGAAUGGAUAUCAAGCAAUAUCUGUCAGUGUCUGUAUUUUUUUGUUUUUUGGCAUUUAACUGUGAAAAAAAAAAUCAGUUUGACAUUAUAGUGAUACUUCUAACAGUAUUUGUUAGAAAGUAACAGAAAAAACCAUGGCCUCUUUUUCUUUAUAUAUCUAAUCCAGUGUUUACCUUUGGCCCUCAUCUGUCUUUGGAGGUGCCAGACUGCAUUUGAAAUGAUUUGGGAUGAAAUAAUACAGCUAGAAGCAGAUUUGUGAAAGAAGAUUUAUUUUACACACCUCAGUAUUGAUACCAGAUUCUUCUGGACCUUUUGUGACAUUGAGCAUUUAAAAAGAAUUUAAUAGUUUAAUUUUUAAAGUGUGUUAUUAAAUAAUGUAAUGAGAGCCUAUCUUCUUAUUUUCCUUAAUAGUUUUUGUUAAUCUGCUGUAUCAAUAAAAUUCUGCAACUGAAUUUUUAAUAGUCUAGUAUCUCAGUGUGCAUAUUCCCUCCUGAACAUUAUGUUCAAAAAGAGCAAAUUAUUGCAUUAUAAUAUGAAACCUGAUAUCUGAGCUUUAGUGAAAAUACAGGUUUUAUUACUAUGUAAAGUUAAUUGAAAGAAAAUUUUAUUGAUGCAGUCUGUCUUUAUAAAGCUGUUCCUUCUUCAGAGCCACGUGUUUUGUAUUUCACAGUGAUUGCAUGUUUAUGAAAAAAAUGUAAUGAAAUUGCAAUGUAAUUUUAAAGAGUCUUAUCUGGUGUAGGAUAUCCUACACUGCCUCAUGAGAAGAACCUUCUACCAAGAGCUUAUUGUAUUUUCUUUUUUUGUUAACCAACUUUUUUUUUAAUUUUUCUGUGUGUAGGUGUGGACAGUUGGGAGAGGGCUUAUGGUGAACAUGUUUUCCAUUGAAUCGUCAGUGAAAGAAUAUUUCAGUCGGGGUAUUCUAAAUCUUUAAGGAGCUUCACUUUAUGUACCCACCUUCAAGUGGUUGAACUUUGUUUCUUGGGUAAAAUUACAAAAAUCAAACAAACUGGGAAAUUACUUAAGGCGUCCUGUAUGCAGUUUUGCAAACUGUGUUUGAACCAAAAUGUGUAGGUUUUUAUUUAUGCUUUGCGAGGCACACUUUAUAGUUUAACAUGUUGUUUUUCUUGCUAGUAGUAAAUAUUAGAGCAUCAAAUUUUAACUUAUUAAUAUUUUAUCUCAUGGAAUAAUGGAACAUUGUCAGAAAUUAACCAAGGCAUCUUUUAAGUUAUAAUUUCAAGGGGAUAUAUGCUAGGGAAGAGAUGAGACUCCACGGUUGUUCCAGAACAUGUUAGCAAGUAAAAUUUUCAGAGGAAAUUCAGCUUUUUUUCUAAACUUUUUCAUUAUAUGGUUUUUUAAAAAAAAAUCAGCAGCAGCAAUAGACAAAGCUAGACAGUUUGUGUUGAUCAAGCUGUUCUGCUUAAAUGCUUCCUUGAAGAACCCCUUUUUACUGUUCUGGGGCUGUCCUUUGUUUGAGUAACAGCUGUUUAAAAACAUUAGCUAAAGGUGGCUCAGAUGACUUCACUUAGAAAUUUCCCUAUCAGCUCACAAAGUUUAACAGUGCAAAUAAGAGUUUUUAUAUAGUAGAAAAGAAAAAUAGUAUGUUAGUAUUUCAUUUUCUUAAACUGACAAAAUUGCACUGACAACAUUUAGUAAGUAUAUGCAUAAAACGAUUUGAUGCAAAAUAUCAAAAUGAUAUUCAAACUGCUUUGCAGACUGUUGAACAUAGUUUGCAUGAACAUAAUUUGACCAUAUUUCUUUUAAUACUGAUACACACAAAUUAAUCAUAAAUCUUAAUAUUUAAAUUUAAUCUAUAAUUUGGCAGUUUAAAUAUUUAUUUUCCGGUAGUUUGACAGUUUAAAUUUGAAAUUGGGAAAACAGAUGCAGAUAAAAUGAGAUCAUGUUUAACCAUUUUAGUCUUUAUUCUCUUCCUAUAAGUAUACUGAAUAUCUUAUGUACUAACACUUUCAGAUCUGCAUACAAUAGCUGCAGUAAAAUAAUGUAUAAAGAGACAGUAUGCUAAAAUGCAGUUAGUGUGCUUUUCAAUUAUGUUCAGUUUAUAAUAUGUAUUGUAUAACAUUAAACAGUCAAGUUGACCUCACUGUUGAAAGUUCAAGCAUGAAAUUUUUAGUUAUCUUGUUGUAGCCUGCAACCAAGCAUAUUAAUCCACUUUUAUUAUCAUUUUCUUGCUGAAGUGAAACAGAAAAUGUACAGCAAGCUGGGUUUUUAGUUACUUAACUUCCAAAGACAUAUUAUUGUUCUUGUACUUUUUUUCUUUGUAUCAUUUCCCCAAAAUACAAGUAUAUAUUAGAAAUGUUUAGAUUACAAAUGCAAAUCUGACAGAAAAGGGGAAAUUAAUGUACAUUCUCUUCUACUGAGACCCAGCUAGUAGCGGACUAAACUCUGGGCUCAAAUCCCUGCUCAGCCAUAGAAACCCCACUAAGUCACUCAUUCUGAUGGGAAGGGAAUGACAAACUUUCUCUGCAUAAAUCUUGCCAAGAAAAUCCUAGGAUAUGAUGGUCAUAAGUUGGACUCAACUAGAAGGCACAUAGCAACAACAAAUUCUAUCAGUGGUAGACUUGUACCAAAUAGUGAAUAGUACAGUUCUCACUUUGAAUGAAGGCGCCAUGGAAAUUUGUGUCAGGAAGGAUAAAACUAAUGCACAUAUUCUUUACCUGCUAGGCUUGUUAUUAAUAACAAAUAGUAAAAUUUCUACCCUCUAUGGAGGUUACAUUAUUUCUCUCUGCUGCGAUCCCAAUGCACCGCCGUCUCAAAUGACCCUGUUACCUGUAUCUUAUCUUGCAACUUUCUUUGGUUUCAUGGUAUAGUGUUGGUUUGAGAUGUUUACAUGGACACUGCAAUCAAAGUUAACAAUCUUUAACAAUUUGGGUGUUACAAAUGGGAAAUUAUGGUAACAGAAGCCAAGACUAGUAGAAUGUCAAAGAUUUCAGGAUAGGAUCCUAUGUAACAGCAAUGCUAGUAUGUUUUCAUUAUUAAUGUUAUUUUUAUGGCCCUCAUUUGAGGGUAUCUUGAGUAGGGAAUGAGCUUAAGUACCUACUGUCAGUGGAAUGGUUGAACCACUGCUUUUGCUAGACAUGAAGGGCAAAGUGUUGAGGCUUCAUUACAUUGUACAAGACUUGUGUAGCCACAUUGAACAGAAGUGUUUGGAAUAUAUAACGCCUACUUGAAGUGUUGGUGAUACAGAUUACCAUGUCGAGUUCAUUUUGAUGACAUUACAUGCAUAUUAUAGAUGUAAACUUUACUGGGCAUGCAGCAUUACAGUCCCAGUUGUCCAUCAGGUAUAAGAGUAGUGAUCCUGGUUUCUCAAGAUGUGUGUUUAUUACCUGAUCAGUAGUUUGUUUGAAUUUACUCUGCAAAUAUCACCUUAGGCUUGGAUGUCUUCUGAUAGUUUUCCAUUUUUAGUUAACCUACUAUACUAUAGUAGGCCUUAAAAUUUGUGUCUGAUUUAGGCCCCAUACAGACCGGCACAAAGCGCCGGCCUGUGGGCAGAGUCAUUGUGCAGCAUCCUCAUGCUGGAUGCCCUAACCCUGCCCCCACAGUGCCAUUUUAUCAUGCGCCGGUCCACACGGUGCACGUCAACAUGAAACACCUCCGGCUUUUUGUAGCUCCUUUUUGCGCUCUCCAAAGGCUGAAUUGGGGCUAUGGCGUGAGGUUGCUGCAGCCCCGAUCUGGCCAGGUAAUGAAUUAAGUAAUGAAUCAAGAGCUUGCUUUUGCAAGAUUUACAUUUAAUAAAUAAAGUUUUUGAUAACUGUGGGAAUUUGUUGUUCAUUAGAUGAUGGGUCUGUGCUAUUGCAAACUGCAUGUGCUCAAUCAGUAUUGCUUGUGUGUACUGGAUUCAGUAUUGUUUGUAUGCCGCCCCUUAGGGCCAAUCUGUAUAGCCCAUUAAUUAUCCUGGGAUAAUUGUCUGUUCCCUCCUGUACUAGAAGAACCAUAUUGGCUUCAUGUAUCUGAUUUAAUGGGUUGAAGCCUUCGAAGAAAGAAAAAUACGAUAGAAUUGUACCAAUUGAGAAAGGUAACUAUUAUUCCUAUUUAUGUAGAUAAUAUUUAAAGUUAUAUGUUGGUGUUUGGCAUCAAUUCAGAACCUACACAAUACUUUUAUUGUGGGUGGAAUAUAUAGUAAUCCCUGAAAUUUCCUGAUCAUCCACAAGUUAGCUGACUGUCUACUGAGUUAUCCUGGAAUUUUCCUAUCAGUGUCUCUAAUUUGCUGGAAAAUUGAGUUGCUGCUACUUAACUAUAUUCCCAAUAUCCUGCCUUGCCUGUCUCACUCAACAGUGUUCCAUUACCUUCACUUUUGACUCCUUGUAAGUUCACCCUCCUCCCCCCCAUCCUGAGAAAUAAUGAGUAAAGAGUUCUAGCGAACUAGACUCUAAAAAACAAAACAGUUCUAAGUAAUGAAUCAAAAGCUUGCUUUUGCAAGAUUUACAUUUAAUAAAUAAAAGUUUUUGAUAACUU